GAACUGUAGGAGCUGAGCUUUGUUAUCCAUGGCGGCUAGAAAUGCUCUAUUGAAGUACCUAAGAGUGAAUGUUCAGGUUCGAAAUGCGACUCCGAUUACUUUUUCAGUCAAUAAUAUCCUUCGGCGCCACUUCUCUGAGGAGGUCAGAGGCUCUUUCCUCAACAAAUCGGAGGUCGCUGAUCGUGUUAUCAGCGUCGUAAAGAACUUUCAGAAGGUGGAUCCUUCGAAGGUUACACCAAGUGCCCAUUUUCAAAAUGAUCUUGGACUUGAUAGUUUGGACACUGUAGAGAUUGUUAUGGCUUUUGAAGAAGAGUUCGGUUUUGAGAUCCCUGACAAUGAAGCAGACAAGAUCAACUCUAUCAAUCUUGCUGUUGACUUCAUCGCCUCUCACCCCCAAGCAAAAUAGAA